UAUCUCUCUGAUACUCUGAGCAACGAUGAGAUCAACAUUCUCUGUGAUGUCUAUCACAUUGCUACCGGUCAAGGCAAUCAGAUGGCAAUAUCAUCAUGGUGGCCUACCCCAAAACAAUGGUCGUCGUCUGAUUUGGACGUUGGGUACUGGAACCAUUCCACUGAAAAUGUGUUUCAGUCGAGGCUCAAAGCCAUACGUGAAGGGUGA